AUGAUUUUAACAGAAUAUGAUAUCCAGUAUACAACUCAGAAGGCCAUCAAGAAUAUUAUAAUUGUUGAUUACCUAGCUCAUCAGCCUAUGGAGGAUUACCAGCCGAUGGAGUUCGAUUUUCCCGAUGAAGAUGUGUUGUUUCUCGACGAAUAUUACACCCGACCAGACCCAGAUGAAGGCCCAGAACCAGGAUCGCGAUGCACGCUCGUGUUCGAAGGUGCUUCAAAUGCUUUAGGGAAUGGUGUGGGAGUUGUCAUUACUGCUCCCACAGGUUGUCAUAUUCCUUUCACCGCCAUAAUCUGUUUUAAUUGCACCAAUAAUAUGGACGAAUAUGAAGCCUGCAUCUAUGGGAUUGAAGCUACUAUUGAUUUGAGAAUUAAGCAUCUUGAGGUAUAUGGGGACUCUGCCUUGAUCAUUAUCCUGAUUAAUGGAGAUUGGGAUACUCGUCAUCCAAAUUUAAUUCCAUACCGAGAACAUGUGAUGAAGUUGAUCCCAUAUUUUGAAGAGAUCAUAUUCAACCAUAUCCCAAGGGAAGAGAAUCAUUUAGCAUACGCGCUAGCCACUCUAACGUCAAUGUUCAAGGUCAAAUGGGAGAAUGAGGCCCCUUCCAUCAGCAUUAUGAGAUUGGAUGAGCCAACUUUUUGUUACAAUAAUGACGAAGUUCAGGAUGAUAAGCCUUGGUUCUAUGAUAUCAUGAGAUACAUGGAGAAACAAGAAUACCCAAAAGACGCAACUAUCCCUGAAAGAAAACAUUGA